UCGACCACAGCACCAGUAACCUUGUCUGAUGUGAUCAUUAACCUUUCUGGAAAACGCAGCUGGCAGUUCUCUGAGGCUCGUCCUUAGAAUGUGAGGAGAGCCGCACAGAUAUUGCCCGGGCAAUUCAAAGAUUCUUUGGUUUACGCCGAGAGCUACUGCUUCGCUUCCGUGCGGCAGAAAAAUGCGGUUGCAACAAUUCUUUUUCGCAUUUUUAAUUGUUGUGAUGAGUCUUCUUCUUAUCAACGGACAGAGACCAGCUAACUUGGCGUUGAGAAGAAAAUUGCACAGACACAAUUGCCUUCAGAGGAGAUGUAUGCCUCUCCAUUCCCGGGUGCCCUUCCCCUGAGGUAUUUCUGGUAAGAAAUU